AUGUCAAAAAAUAGAGGACAUCAACGUAAUAUAUCAGUUGAUAAAGAGACAGCAGAAAAGAAAGAGAACGAAAAGGUAAACAAAAAGUUUAACCUCAACAAAAAAGAGAUUGUAAUCAGUACAAUGAAAUGUAGUUAUAAAUCGAGAUCGGGUAAACUACGAAUCACAGACAACCAUCUAUGUUUCUCAUCGUCGACGUUGGGCAAGGAAAAGAAAAAGAUUAUAUCGUUUGCCGAUGUACUUGACAUUGAAAACCAAGACAGAAACAAGAUAUCGACACACAACACUGGUAUCAAGAUCACUACCAAGUUGGGAAAGCCCAUCGUAUUGAAUUUCAAGGACAAUGAAGCUGCCUACUUGGUCGUAGAAGGUCAGUGGGAGGCUAGUGGCAAUCAGCCAUCGAGUCGUAUCAGCGAUGUUGGUUCAACCGGCUCCAACGACAGUGCCGUCAUACACAUUAAACAUCUUAAACACUUUGAACUGCCAGAGAUCGAAUCACUUCAAAAAGAGUAUCACUGUGCCCUCAAAACAUCGACCUUUAAAAUGUAUGGCAAAAUGUAUCUCACUCAAAACUACAUUUGCUUCUAUGGUAACAUUACAACCGGUCAUCAGAAAAAGUUAAUCAAAUUACGUGAUAUCCUUACCAUUGAAAAGCCUGAAACAAGUCAAAAUAGUAUUAAAAUUGUUUCUAAACAUGAUACUUUUGAAUUUACAAAAUUUAAUGAAAAGAGAGAUAAUGUAUUUGAUGAAAUGUCAAUUCUAUAUGAUUCAUCAAAGAAAAACCCAUCAACUAGUACAACUCCCAUUCAAAGUAGAUCACGUUCAAAUAGUGUUAGUUCGGAUUCUGGUAUUCCAGUCGAUGCCAAUUCUCUCAGAGAUAGAUUACAAAAUCUACCUCCACCAUCUCCAAAAUCUCAUUCUCGUAAGAGUUCUGUCAACAAUCAACAACCAAUUGAAACCAUUGUAAAUAAUCAACAACCAACAACUCCAACCAAUAAUAGUAAUAACAACAGUAGAUCAAGUUCAAGAAGAAAUUCAAUCACUAUCAAUAAUCAAACAACCACCACAUCAUCCAAUGUAAUUAAACCAAAUGCCACCCCUCCACCAUCUACAUUUUCACCAGCUCCAACUCAACCAAAUAUAACUAUUACACCUGUUACUCCUCCUCCAGCAUCACUAAGUCAAAGAUCAGAGAAAUUGGAGGUUGCUCAACCAAAACCAACCAGUAGUACACCAAUUGUAACACGUCAUACUGUUAAAAAAGGUAGAACUUGUUGUUUUUCUUUAUUUUAA